CAUUUUGUGCCUUCCUUGGCUCUGAGAUUUUCGGGUGCGUUCUGGACCUGCUGCCCUAUUCAGUGCUUUCUCUAGCAGGAGGUAUGUCUCUCAAAUAAAUGUGCAAGCUUUCGGAGUACCACAGGACGCUGCAAUUGUUAUGUCAAGUUCUGGUGGUACUCACAUAAGCCAGUUACACAGCUAAAAUAAUCAAAAGGUGUGCUUAAAAAACACACACCAAAACACCUCUGUUGUUUACUAGGGAGCAGCUGUGCAACCGUUAGCUGCGGGAAAGGAGUACUGAGGUCAGAGAGGAAGAGAGAUGGGUUGAGCACAUUGCCUGCUAGUCUAGCGCACUCUCUGUUUGUGUAGCUGCUCAUUCUCACAAGAUGUCUCCAGCUCUCCACCUUAUGUUCCAGCACCUCCUGACCAGCGCAGCACUCCAACUUCUGACCUCAGGUCGCUUAUCUUGGAGCUUAAACGCAACACUGGCACCGCCACUCCACGUGAUAGUAAACGGCGAAAGGAAGACCCUGGUAAUUUGCCUGGUGAACGAUCUCUCUGAGGAAGCACUGGGGGCCGUCCGGUUUUCCAAUGAAAAUGGGAGCAUGCUGGAGUCUUUCACCUAUGGGAUUUCUAAGGAAGACGAUGGGACUUUCAGCAGCAUCUCUCAACUCUCCAUCAGCACCAAAGAAUUUGGAUCGUGGAGUACAGUCGCUUGCUAUGUCGCACCAAACGAAACUUCAAAGACAUGGAGCACCACCUCCCUUCAACUCUCAGAAGAAAAUAUGGGAGAUCUCUGCCUGAGUGAAAAGCAAGAAGCCCAAGAAGAGUCAUUGUUCAUUGAAGAUCUACAUAGCCGCUCACAGAUCUUACUUCUUCUGGCCAUCAGAAUUUUGCUGUUCAAGUUGCUCCUGUUUGACGUGUUGAUGACCUGCUGCAUUGUUUACAAGAGGGAAGAUAUCCCGUUGCACCUGAAGGCUUCCAACUUUUCUGCAGUUCAUCCACACAGAGUCAGAACUGCUUCUGUCACAGAAAUUGUUGCUAUGAAAAGCACAGAGCAAUGGACUGGGGGAAAGGCAACUUUCACAUAUCUGGCUGAAAAGAAGGAACUCCAUAUGGAAGCAGAGUAUGUGUCCUGAAGAUGGAAGCAUUCACUUGAACAAAAGAGGGAGAGACUAGCCUGGUUUGAAUACUGGCUGAAAAACAGGCUUUUGGCUUCCUUUCAUCUGCCUCUGCUGUGACCUUCGAUUUGGGUUCUUUGAUGCUGAACACUAAUCGGACAACAACUAAGCCAGGCACCCAGGCUGUACCGGUACACAAAUCCACACAAAUAACAAGGCUUGACACCCUUUCGAUAUUCUUGUGUUGAAAGCGCAGUAUGUGAUGUCCUGAGAAGAAUGUUUCUCUCUUGAAUAUUGCCGUGUGAUAUUUCUUUGUUCAUAAUUGUACAUAUAGUCUUGCUUGCAUUGUCCUCAAUUAUACAGCUCGUUGUCAUCUUUAUGAGAGAAUGCCUAAGGCAGUGGGGUCUGAAACCUGU